AUUUUGGUCUCUCUGGAAUAAUCCUCACAUGGAAGUCACUCCUGUCGGAGGCUCUGACCAGGUCUUAUCGGGCUCCUUAUCUUUGUUUCUCCGCCCUCCGCCUCCGGCUUUGAGAUCACCUCAUUUGAGACGGAAUUAGGCGUCAAAAGCGUGUCCCUACGAUCACAGCGAGCUUUGUUAAAUUGUUAUUCGGCGACACUAGUCACUCCAUAUAUCAGGGAACACAAACAUUUCCUUUUUAACAGUACCCGUACCUUGUGUAUUCGACCCCGAUGAAAUAGAGAGCUGUUUACCCGGUUGGGUUCCAAAAACGUCAGCGGCCAUGGAUUACUUCCUGCCGUCCUUUGUGCAAAAGAGGCUGCUACGGUACGCACUUUCUCGUCUCGAGCUGGUCGACACUGAGGCUAUCGAUCUAGAUAGUCUGGGUAUACGAUGGGGUCAUAGGAGUACCUUUGAGUUGCAUGAUCUGGGUCUCAAGUUAGACAAACUAUCCUCAAUCCUACAAUUACCGGCGACAUGCAAGCUACUCAAAGCACGCGCAUCCCUGAUCCGAGUGACGAUCCCGGCCGAUAUUCACAGUAGCGGGAUAAUCACCGAAGUUGAAGGUGUCGAUGUGCAUGUACAGCUGUUGAAUGAUAAUGAGUCCGGAAUCGAUGCAUCACCUCCCGCCGAGUCUCAUGCAACUGACGAUGGGAGUGACAAGCGAUCUGCACUGCCCACCACCAACGAUCUGGCACAGUCAUUUAUCGAGUCUGAACCUAGGGAGGAGAGAGCGGAAAUAGAGGCAGCAAUAGCAUCGCAAUCUCAGUAUCUACAGCGUUCAACCAGUUCACUAAGCGAUGAGGAUGAAGUCGGCCUUGGCAAUGAGGAAGUCUUACUUCCUAGCUUCAUUUCCGGCUUUCUGCAAGGAAUUCUGGAUAGACUACAAAUCAAGGUCAUGAAUGUUAUUGUUCGUGUUGAUAUGGAUCUACCCCAAGAUGGGCCCGUGAAAAGAGUUCCGGCGGAGAAACCAGACCAGUUAACAGCAUCACUGGUCGUUGGCGAGUUAUCGAUAGGCUGUGUCGCUUCAUUAGAGGGCCAAAACGUCCCAUCCACCGCGGCAGGCAGGACAAUUACUUUAGAUUCAAUAUGUGUGCAGCUCAUGUCCGAUCCUAUUGUCUUCUCCAACUAUUCACGAUUCGCUGCCACUCCACCGUCCCCUUCGACCACGACUUCGAAUGGCGGACAUGGCCUGGAAACUGUACGAAGUGUUUCACCGUUACAGUCACCUCCAAUUACUGAGAGCCUGGGACCAGACAUAAGUCAAUCCAUAAUGCUAUAUCGCUCUCAAGUACUUGAGCGGCCUUUGACCCCCGUUGCAGCAACUAGACAAUCUAUGGAAAGCUCUACAGAUUCUUUAGAUGGAAGAUUCUCCGAUGCAGACAGUGAGGCAGGUCAUUUAUACCAAAACCCAUCACACUCACUUUCAGGUAGCCAAUUUGACGGAUUUGGGGAGGAGAUACUGGAUAAUCCUGGAUACCUUGAUGAGGUAUUCCACUCGCAAUUCGUUGAUGAUCCCGCAGACUCAACUGGAUUACCGCCGAGAUCGCCUCAAGGUAGCGGUACUCCGAGGCCGCAAAGCCCCCAGAUAGCCUCAUCACAAGUGAUAGAGACGUGGCAUGACUUUGACGAGCCUCAUACCGGUAAUCAACAUCCGGAGAAUUUCGAAGAUACUCGUUUUUACGGCCCAUGGGAGCGGAGCGGGGAAUUUCAAUCAUCUCCAGAAAAGUCUCCUUCAUCUUCCCCGGGACAGACAGAACAAACUCAACAAUUAUACUACGCUGACUUGCCGAUUUCUUCCUCGCCCCCAGAUAACGAUGCUAAGAGUCAUUCCAGUCGCAGUAGUUCUUAUUCUGGUUCGUUACCUGCCGAGCUAUCGGAGUCCAAAAUUUUCAGUCAUGAAGAGGCUUCAAGCAUGUAUAUGAGUGCUGUUAGUGGUACCUCUAGCCAUGGAGAGCCUUUGAUGCCAGGUGCCUGGGACUCGCGAGAUUUUGAAUCUCUCACCGAGGAAAAGCAGUCUUUUAUCCAAUCAGUGACUCGCACCACCGAGGCGGACAUUCCCACUCCCAAAAUCGGCGCUCAACCAUCACCGCCCAUCACCGAUAAUGACGAUACCCCGCAAACGCCGACACGAGAGUCCUAUCAACCAGACUCUGAACCUCGGUCCAGUCCUUCCAUCAAAACCCAUACCGAUGAUGCAGAGGCCACUCGCAAAAUCAUCGAUAUUAGUAACGUUACCAUUUGGAUUCCAAAGACCUUUGACAGGAGUCAACAGGGGCCUCAUUCACAACAGGAGGGACAUGAACACAGCAUUUCUAUGACCCAAUCAAUAAGUAGUGAUGUACUUGGAGGUUCGAGGAUAGACUAUUCUACGAUGCGCCGAAGUUCUAUAACUUCUUCGAUCUCCACCGAUACUAAUGAGCAGUCUAGCAACAGAGGUGCUGAAGUGUUUGAACCUCUUCGAUUCGCAAACUCAUCAGCAGCCAUCUCUAUCAACAUUGGGCGGGCCAUCGUUCAGUUUGAUGUAGCGACUGGGUGGCUGCUUGUCAAGGCGAGUCAAAAAGUAAUCACCGCUCUCAACGUUGAGGCUCUAGAGUCGAAGACUGCAAAAAGCAAUCCAAAACAGCCAUCGUCAGAUUCGAAGCACUUCAAGUUCAGCCUUCACUCCUGCUCCAUACGGUUCUUGGAAAGUUUGGGGGGUGUUCCAUACUAUGCUAAGAAGAAAGCUCCCGAAUCGUCUCAUGCUACAUUAACUCCGGCCGAGGAUGUCAUUCUGCAGGUGCAACUAUCAUCAGUCAAUUCUGACUACCUCGUCACAGGUGGCACGACGAAAUUUCAACUGGAAGUGACUAAGUUUGUCCUUGGAUAUGCGACAGAAUCCCUGAUAUCGUUCAAUAAAGAUCUGAAGAUGAGAGAAUCCAUCAGGGAUGUUCGGACGGCGGUUCCUCGCGACGUCUCGCUGACUGUCGUCAAAACCUCAGCGUUUACGAAGCUCAACUUUGCUACCUUGCCCUUGCAUAUUAAUUUCAACAUACAGAAAUUGGACAAUAUUUUUGGAUGGCUUGGCGGUCUAAGUACCUUGAUGGAACUUGGAAAUUCUAUCGCCUCAGUUUCGACAGUUCGAGGGGAUCAAUCCGAUACUAUGAAAAAACAAACAAGAGGAGUGCGGUUUGAGGGAGUGCCGACUCCCAAAUCGCCUCCUGAGCCUACGACGUCCCCCCCUUGGAAAAUAAAUGCUAGGCUUGGUGGCGUCAUACUUGACGUGGUAGGCGAGACCUGCGCCGUCAAACUGAAGACUACUGCAGUCAAAGCAGUGAGUAGAUAUGAGGGCAUUGGUAUCCAGAUCGACAAGGCUAAAGUUGUCGGUCCUUGUCUUGUUGAUGACGACGCGGAGCACCCAGUAACUCUCGGUAUCGGCAACAUUCGAGUUGAGUAUCUGUACUCUCCAAAAGAAGUCGAUCUUGACCGACUAUUGUCCUUGCUUACACCGUCGAAGGAUAAGUAUGAGGAGGACGACGACAUUAUGCUCGAUACAUUGUUUCGCCAGCGAAGACAAGGCGGCGUUCUUCGUGUGGCUGUUGCGACGGCUAAACUGUCAAUUUCCGAUGUUGAAGGACUAAAGCCUCUGUCCGACCUUCCGCACGAAAUCUCUAGAUUGUCGAGCGUAACUAAGUACCUACCUGAGGAUGAUCGGCCAGGCAUCAUGACUCUCGUGCUUGUUCGUGAGUUUGAGAGCUACAUACAUGUCAAUGAGAAAAUAGGUGAUUUACGUCUAUUGGCUAAAGAUACCGAGCUGGCUCACAUUAGCAUUCCAUCUCUCAUUGCGGCUCAAGUUAAAGAUAUCUCACUUACGAGAAAUGAGACUGAGGGCCUCAUAGGUGAAGCUCUGAAUGUUACUACAAGCGAAAGCUCUUCAUUGUCAUCCUUGCCAAUGUUAAUGGUGCGCUUCAUCGCGGAUGAGAUGGAUCCUACAAUCAAAGUCAAGCUUCACGGUCUCAGGGUCGAAUAUACCUUGCCUUCGAUAAUUGCGUUCCUUGGCCUCGGUCAUGAUACUACACCUGAUGAGCUUGCUGUGAAAAUGGCCAGCUCUGUGGCCAAUCUCGCAGAUCUGACCACAUCUCAGAUCGGAGGUCUAUCAUUUGGAGAUUAUGGAGGCUCUGAACCUGAUUCAAACCCUUUUAAACUCGCUGUAUCUUUGAGAGACUGCGUAGUUGGUCUGAACCCACGAGAUAUGCCUGCGAAAGGGUUGGCGGUAUUCACGUAUGCCAAAUUCAAGUGCAUCAACCAGGACAAGGGGAUUUCCGAGGCCAAUUUUGAAAUCAGAAAGGCUACACUUAUGAUCAUAGAUGACGUGCAAAUGGUAGGCACGGGGGACAAUAUAAGUCGUCGAACUAUAGUCGACAGUCAAAAUGAACAGGUCAACAAAUUUGCCGACAUGGGUUUCGUCCCAGUUUCGUACAUAUCAUCUACCAUACUCUCGGUCACUAUACAAUCACCCGACGCAGCUGGUGACAAGACUAUGGAUGUCGAGUUGAGAGAUGAUUUGCUUAUCUUGGAAACAUGCGCUGAUUCAACUCAAACGCUCAUUAGCCUUCUCAAUGGACUUGCCCCGCCAUCAUUACCAAGCACCACGCUCAAAUAUCGUACCGAGGUCAUGCCCUUGCAAGAUAUGCUGAGCUCAUUCACGGGGGAUGCCUUUAUGACAGACCAAGUUAUCAACGCUGAGGAAGUAUCUGCACGUGAAGCUGAAGACGACUUUGAGGGAGCUCUGGACGACGAAGUCGAUUAUGUUAGCGACUUCUAUCCCCAGGGAACUAGCUCAGAAGAGACAAUGAGUGGGAGUAUGACGGACCCUAUGGCCGAUAUGUCUCGUUCCAGACAACUCAUGGACAGUUUUCAUUCGCAGUACAAUGUUUCUACUAGCGUGACUGGCCUUGAUUUUAAGGAUGAUCAUUUUGCUAGGAAGUCGACGGUUGGUGGCACUGCUCAUCGAUGGGACACCGCUCAUAAUACUUAUGGACUCGCCAAUGAAGUCAAACUCCAUGGUAGCCCGUUAAGGGUUAGAGUGCGUGAUGUACAUUUCAUUUGGAAUCUGUUUGAUGGUUAUGACUGGCAACGCACCCGAGAUACAAUCUCGAAAGCCGUCAAGGACGUCGAGUUGAAAGCUGCAGAACGACGUGCAAAAGUAGCAAGCCGACUGUCUCCGGAAGAUGAUGAAGAGGAGUCAGUUAUCGGCGAUUUCCUUUUUAACUCUAUCUACAUUGGUAUACCUGCAAACAAGGACCCGCGUGAGCUAGCUCGGGCAAUCAAUCAUGACAUUGAUGACAUGGCUAGCGAGACAGGUAGCUAUAUCACGUCAACGACAAUCACUGGAUAUACUUCACAUCAGAAUAGACCUGCCUCGGCUCGGGGAAAGAGGUUACGGCUGUCACGCAGCAAGCACCACAAAAUGACCUUUGAGUUGAAAGGCAUAUCAGCAGAUUUUGUCGUGUUUCCACCGAAUGCCGGUGAGACUCAGAGUACAAUUGACAUAAGAGUGAAUGAUUUAGAAAUUUUCGAUCAUAUCCCAACGUCUACCUGGAAGAAAUUUGCUACGUACAUGAAUGACGCGGGAGAACGUGAAAGUGGGACUAGCAUGGUACAUUUGGAAAUCAUAAAUGUGAAACCUGUGGCGGAAUUGGCAGCUUCUGAGAUUGUUCUCAAGGCUACCGUGUUGCCCCUACGUCUACAUGUAGACCAAGAUGCGCUGGAUUUCUUGAGCCGCUUCUUCGAGUUCAAAGACGAGUCCGCACCCGCUCCCAGCUCUCCAGGCGACACUCCUUUCUUACAAAGAGUGGAAGUCAAUGCAGUACGAGUAAAGCUCGACUUUAAGCCUAAACGUGUCGACUAUGCAGGCUUACGCUCUGGACGCACAACUGAAUUCAUGAACUUCUUUAUCCUGGACGAGGCAGAUAUGGUCAUGCGACAUGUCAUAAUCUAUGGUGUUUCUGGAUUCGAGAGACUCGGCCAAACAUUGAAUGAUAUAUGGAUGCCUGAUAUAAAGCGAAAUCAGUUACCUGGUGUCUUAGCAGGUCUUGCGCCUAUUCGAUCUUUGGUAAAUGUCGGAAGCGGCGUGAAAGAUCUUGUCGUCAUUCCGAUGCGCGAGUACAAGAAAGAUGGUCGAAUAGUGCGGAGCAUUCAGAAGGGAGCAUUCUCAUUUGCCAAGACCACCACUAACGAACUGAUCAAAUUAGGCGCCAAGCUGGCUAUAGGAACUCAGACAGUUCUCCAGAGUGCAGAAGACUUUCUCAACGCACCCAAUACGGGAGCCCCACACACAGAUGGAGACGGUGAUUCCACGGAUGAGGACGAAAAGAAACAAAUCUCUCACUAUGCCGACCAACCAGUCGGCGUUGUCCAGGGUCUUCGAGGUGCUUUCCGCAGUCUCGAGCGUGAUCUACUCAUGACACGAGACGCUAUUGUUGCUGUUCCCGGAGAAGUCAUGGAAAGUAGCAGUGCCGCUGGAGCUGCAAAGGCAGUUUGGCGACGUGCUCCUACCGUUAUACUUCGACCUGCUAUUGGAGCUACACGUGCUGUAGGACAAACUUUGCUUGGAGCUGGAAAUUCGUUGGAUCCAACUAAUCGACGAAAGAUUGAAGAUAAAUACAAGCGACACUAAUCGUUUCAGUGUGCUACGACUAUAUUAUUCGUGAUGAAUAGACUAAAGUCUUUGUUUGCUUUCUCUAUGUCAGAUUUUUGCAUAAGGCGUCUUUGUUCCUUGGAUACGAAUUUACGGCCGAAUUUAUCAAGAUAUCCCAGUUAUCCACAUUCUUUUUUAUCAUGCAUUCUAUCGCAAAAUUGCUUUCUACCCCACUCUUACUUCUCUUCGUCCAUAUAUCUCGCUUUACAGUAUAUAAUCAUCGGGUUGCAUAAGAUAUCAGCGCAACAUUCUGUUUUACUCGUUUUGCUCUUCGUCAGAAAGAAAUUGGCAGCAUUCAUGGCUUCAGAACAGAGAUGACACUAGCUAUGAGUUAUGACUAAAAUUGACUUGUCUUUGUGGGAUCUUCGAAAUGAAAAGUUAAUUUGGCUGGUCAUUAUUUUUUGUUACAAUUAUCAGCACUACCUGGUUGCUUCACUAUUAUGACAAGAAUCUAGGAUCCGUUUCGC